GUCGCCGUUCACCAACAAACCCUAACCCUAACGUCCCCUAAUGGCCUCUUGUGACGACGAUUUUCCGCUCCUUGGUGACGACCACCACCACCAGAUCUACCAACAACAACAAAUAGAACGAUCACCCUACACGCCUCAACGUUUCGAACCUGGACACGCGUCGCAGCCUCAACGGAUCCCCGAGAACAUCGGCGUGCGAUGUGGAGACGACGAAGAAGAAAACGCUAUCGAUUCGGCUUUCAAUUCCGCUAACAACAACAACAAUAAUAAUUCUCAAAUCGUGGUUGCACGGACGGCGGAGAAAAGGAAAGAUCGGGAAGAUGUCAACAAUGGAGACGUUAGUAAUGUCAGUAGCCCGUACAGUUCGAAGAAGUCGAAGCAGUAUCAGAACGAGUACAGGAAGGAUCGGGAGGAGUGGAGCGACGCGGCGAUCGCGUGCCUUCUUGACGCGUAUUUGGACAAGUUUAUGCAGUUGAAUAGGGGGAAUCUGAGGGGAAGGGACUGGGAGGAGGUGGCGGUGACCGUGAGUGAGCGGUGCGAGAAGCACAGCAAGAGUGUGGAGCAGUGUAAGAACAAGGUUGAUAAUUUGAAGAAAAGGUAUAAGUUGGAGCGGCACAGGAUGAAUAAUGGUGGAAUUUCGACCAGUCAUUGGCCGUGGUUUAAAAAGAUGGAACAAAUUGUUGGAAAUUCAGUGCCUGUUAAGAAUGUGGCUGAUGAAGAUAAAGGAAGUGGCUCUUCCAUUUCUAAUUCGGUUAGGCAAUCCAAGAGAUAUAGUGCAGCUACACCAAGCUCAACAGUUCCGAUAAAUAAUGUGAAGCCCAAGCCAAGCCCUAGAUGGCGGAGAGUAGUCUUCAAAAUUAGUGGUGUUGCUCUUUCUGGUGCUGACCAUAGCAACAUUGACUCAAAGGUGGCCAUGCUGAUUGCGGAAGAAGUUUCAACUGCUUGCCGCCUUGGAAUAGAGGUUGCAAUUGUUGUUGGAGGUCGUAAUUUCUUUUGUGGAAAUACAUGGGUAAAUGAAACGGGUUCAGAUAGAAGUACUGCUUACCAAAUUGGAAUGAUGGCAAGUGUGAUGAAUUCUAUAUUGCUCCAGUCAGCAUUAGAGAAGAUGGGUGUUCAGACACGCGUACAAACUGCUUUUCCAGUGCAGGAGGUUACUGAACCAUACAAUAGGCAACGAGCUAUACGGCAUCUUGAGAAAGGAAGAGUUGUAAUAUUUGGUGGCAUUGGUGCUGGGAUUGGAAAUCCACUCUUUUCCACUGACACAGCUGCAGCACUUAGAGCUACAGAGAUUAAUGCUGAGGCUGUCCUCAAAGGUACCAAUUUUGAUGGUUUAUAUGAUUUUCGCUUCCGGGACAGCAAUGCUUCUUUUGAGCACAUCUCUUUCAGGGAGUUGGACUCUAGAGGUGUAAUACCAAUGGAUUCGAUGGCACUCUCCUUCUGUGAGGAAAACAGCAUACCUGUUGUGAUCUUUAAUCUUCUUGAACCUGCAAACAUCUCAAAAGCUAUAUGUGGAGAACAAGUUGGUACAUAUAUUGAUCUAACUGGAAAGAUUGUCUAAUCUGUGGAUCCUUUCAUUCUGGUGCAUUACCAGGUGCUGUCACCUAACCUCUAGCUAACUCCAUUACUUUUAAGUUAAUGUCAAUUAACCGUAAUUCAGCUGUUCGGCUACACCAGAUUAUGCUUGGAUGGUGUUUUUUUUUUUUUUUUGAGAUACACUUCUGGAGAAGGUUUUGAUUGCCUGAUGCUGUAAGUUAUUGCUAGGAGUUGAUUACUUUGUCGAUGACUUGAAUCCCUUGCUUGGAGUCGAUAUUGCUUGUAUCUUUUACUUGUAAAAUUUUGACUUAUUAGCAGGGUUAGAUGUGUAAGGAUAGUUAUUGCUGGACUGAUUAACAGUUAACUGUGCUUGUAGCAUUAGCGAGUAGUAGCAAUACCGAUGUUGAAUAGGAUAUAUGGUUAGUCAUCAGGGGUUCAUGUACAAUGAAAUUUGUAUUAUAUAUACAAGACUGCAUCUCAUGAUCUUCAAUGGUUCU